UCCCGGGCGGACAUUUUUCCCGGGUCACCGCAGCAGCCCGGGGCGAGUUUCGCGACGUAAUUACCAUCGAAAUCGCCCGCCGAGCGCGUUUCCACGCAUGGGACACGCCGCGCGGCCACCGUUUUCUCUUACCUUCCUUUCUUUUUGAAUGAAAGCUCGCGAUCGCCGGGACGUACGCAUUGCCCGCACGGAAUCGCCGCGUUCCGCGCGAGACUCGCCGCUCGCGUGGGCGUUUCGCCAGGAGAACGUUCCGGCGGUUUCGUGCCUCCGCUUAACCUCGCCAUCGCGCGGGAAAGUGUCCGCGAUACGUAAAUAAACGACGUAACGCGCUCCGAUUCUUUCGCGAUCGCAUCGGGAGUCGCAGUCAGUAGCGGCGAUGAUCGCUAUCGAUGAGAUGGAGCAGAGGGACCUCCCACAGGCAUUCCGCUUGCUGGGAGAGAUGAAUGCCAACGUCCUCCAGGUGAACCAGGUCGUGGACAACAUGCUGAUGCGAGUGAAGAACGGCGAGAUGUCAACGGACAAAGGCCUCAGCUUCCUGGAGAUGAAGUAUCACAUGUUGCUCUCAUAUCUCAUCAACCUGACCUAUGUCGUCUUGAGAAAAUGUUCUGGCGAGCGCAUUGAGGGUGACCCAUCGAUCGACCGUAUGAUCGAGAUUAGGACUGUCCUAGAGAAAAUCCGACCAAUAGAUCACAAGCUUAAAUACCAAAUAGAUAAACUCGUCAAGACAGCGGUGACUGGUACCAUCAAUAGUGACGAUCCCAGUAAUUUCAGGGCAAAUCCUGACGCACUGGUCGCCAAGCUCGACAGCGAGGACUCUGAUAGUGAUCAGGAGGAAGAUGACAAUGUCAAAUCAACGCAACAGUCCAGGAAAUCUAACGUUUAUGUACCGCCAAAACUCGCUGCGGUGCAUUAUGAUGGCGACGAAACAAUGGCGGAAAAGAUCCGCAAGGCCGGCGAGAGAGCUCGUAGACGCGCCGUGUCGAAUACAGUGCUGCGGGAACUGAAGGAGGAAUAUCUGGAUGCGCCUGUGGAAGACAGUCAGGGUCUGAGCGAGAAGCGAGCGAUUCUGGUGCGUGAGGACAAGCGGAAGAUCGAGUACGAGGAGAAUUACAUGACGCGUUUGCCCGUCACCAAGCAAGAGAAGCACAGACGUCGCCAGAUGACGACUCUGGGCACUCUCGGCGAUGAGAUCACUACUUUUGGGGAGUCAUCCACCAAGACCGCCAAGAAGAGAAAAGCUCAGAGGAAGGGCAAGGCUAAAAAGAGUUUCAAGAAAAAACGGCAUCAUUAAGAACAUGAUGAAGACGGCUCUGGGACUUUGGACGAGAUCCUGGAGUUUCAUACAGCAUUAACGAUUAAGGUAAAAGGUAAAAAAAAAGAAAAAUAAAUUUACUCGACUUCUUCUUCGAAACAAAAGCAGAUGCCACUAAUACUCGUUAUUAAGUUAAGCUAAAGAUAACAUCGUAACAUCUAGUAAUAAAAAAAAAAUGACAACGUAUGUCGACGGUGAAGUAAAAAUAGCACGAUGGUAAUUUAUUACUGUAUAAGACAUACUAAUGGUCGUGUAAUUGAUAAUUCUAGUUAAUAAUGAUUUUAAUCUUUAACUGUUGUCUGAGAGAUCAAUUUUGAUCUGUGGAGUUGAAAGACGAGAUCCAUCGAGAAAAUCAGUAUUUCACGAGUGUGAAUGCGACGAGGAACAACGUCGAAGUAACGAUGGCACAUACGAGCUUAAUGGAAAUUAUGUGUCGUAAUAGCGUAAUAUUGUAUUGUAAUGUUGGAUCGAAUAGCGAACUUAACGGCUCCAGGAUUGAAAAUUGUGAAUUACACGUAAAAGUUGAAAAGCAGAACAUUCCUCUGCUUUAUUUUGAAAUAUUCUCCGGCUACAUAAGAACGAUGGAAGGAAGAAGGAAAUCAGUAAAAACAUAGCAGGAGAGACGAUAUUGAAUUAAUUGUUAACAAAAAGCGUAAAAAUCACAAGACAUUCACAGCAAAAACGCGCAGAAGUUAUAAAACUUGAGAUUUAGAAAGAAAAAAAGAAGAUAAAAGAGGAAAAAAUCUUUAGAAACUGCACGCACUCGGCGCAACUUCUGAGAAUAAAUUUUGGAAAGCACUUUGGAAAAACACGCAAAAAAAAGAGAAAAAAGAGAAACGAUAUUUCGUUGAUAUCGCAUGUCUUAGGAUUUUCUCGCUGUCUUAGAGUAGUGAAGUAGUUACUAGUUUUACUAUAUUAUAUGUAUGUUUCGUUUGUGUUUUUCCCCUGGUGAAACUGUUGAGGCUAUUAUAAACAUUUGAAUGUGAGUCAUGUUUUUACGUUAAGUCUCAUUUGUCUUUUUAUUAUUACAAUGUGCUUGUGCAUUGUAUAUCUGUUGUUUUUGCGUUGGUUUUAAGUCGUUAAACUUAUAUUGAUGGUAAUAUAAGGAUAACACGAGCGUGUCAAAAUUCAAAAUUGUCGUCAUGUUCUCAGAUUUGAUUUCCAUUGACCGUUUAUUUCAUUUCUCAGAGGGAGAGAGAGAGGGAGCUUGGCAUAUUACACAGUAAUGGAUAGAAAGAACGAAGGAACGAACGAACGAAGACUUUGGGCGAAUAUCACUUCUGCAAGCUUGAUAAAUAGGAAUAUUUGUACAAUCAAAUCGGGAGAUUGAGAAUCGCAUUGUUGAUUGUAACUCUUCCCCCCUUAAAUAAGUUGCAUUUUUUUUAACAUUUUUAGACUCGCGGGAUUCCUUGUUUCGUCAUGGCGUCCCGAUGAAAGAUGUUUCUUUAAUGUACUCUUUAAAUUCUUUGGAGUGAAAUCUCACUCGAAAGAGUAAAAAUUGAGCCAGUCUUGAAAAAGCUCA